GGCUCUGCAGGCAGUGCCACAGCCUGCACUGGAGCUGUGUGGCAGAGGAGCCGGAAGGGUGGCCAGAGAGCGCGGGAAGGCUCAGUGGCCUGGGGAUCCAAAGUGGUCAGGAAAUGGCAUCUGUUGGAAGGCCACAACUUGUGUGUAGGCAGGGCGUUUCUCAGUGAAUCGAGCACAUCUGUGCUCGUCACCCUCCAUGUUUGCAAAGGCAAGGUAUAUGGUGAAGGGCGGGCGGCCUCUCCUCAAGCGGAUGGCACCAGCUGCUGAAGCAGAGUGCAGAAAUGCAAGCCUUGCCCUGGUCUGGCCCAUGGGAUAACAGCUAGCGCUGACAGCACAGUCCCAAGGAAGUUUGUUUGCCCGGCUUGGUACUACCAAUGCGUUCUUCCCCUGGCCAGGGCUCUGCGAAGCAAAGCACCGCUCUGCUGUGCCUCGGUGUUUGAAGAGGCAGUCAGAGGUCUCUGCCAGAGACAGAAGCACAAGGAGAUCGCCACCGUGGCUGUCUUCACGGAGUUGCUGGACUGCGUAGACUUUGAGCAGCAUGUCAAUGACUGCAUCCUGGACCUUCUUCGUUCACACCUGCGCAGUCAGUCCUCGGUGCUGCGUAGGAUGGCGGUUACAAGCCUCGUCACGCUGUCUACGAGACCCAAGAUGGCAGUAACUCUGCAAGACCUGCUGCCAGAGGUCAUGCAGCAAGUGCAGGAUGCCAACAGCGACAUCAGUAUGAAGGCCGUGACUGUCCUCCGCAACACUCUGCGCCUAGCAGAUGGGCAAGUGGCUGGCCCCAUCGCUCUGCAGCUGCCUGACAGGUUCCUGCCCCUCUUUGAAAACGAAUCCAGCUGCAUGAGAGAGCUCUCCGUCCUUCUCUGCAAGUAUGCCAUGGAGGUUGCAGAGGGCACCCAUAAGAUGGAGAUGGAGAAGCAAGUGCAGAGCACCGUCCUCCCCCUCUUCUUCCACCUGCAUGACCAGAACCAGCGUGUGGCUGAGGCCUCUCGGGAAGCCCUCCUUGGUGCUGCCAAGCUCCUGAAGUGGAAGCAGCUCAGGAACCUGCUGGAGACAGCGCAGCCACAGAGGAUUGGCAAGUGUCUGCUGGUGGGGCACAGCAGCAGAGUGGAUGACUACCUGUGCCAGAGCCUGCCAUACCUGUGGAGCCCCCAGGAGCCCCUGCAAGAGGCGGCCAUCAGGUUCAUUGCCCUGAGAAGCAUGGAGGGCUACAGCAGCCCUUCGGUCUCCUCCCUGGUGACUGAAACCAUCCUGGUUCCGAGAACUUCCUCCACAUUCAGCCUGCAAGCACUACGUUACCGGCUCCGGAGGGUGUGGGAGAGGAGGCCCCGUGUCCCGAGAGCUGGCUGGCUGUGCUGCUGCAGCUGUGCUCAGUGCUGAGCCCAGCUCCAGCCCUCGGGCCCCGCCGAGUAACCCCUCUGCUGGACUUUCCCCAAAGAAACAGCCCUCUUUCUUCA